AUGACCAUCCUUCCCAGCUCUACUUUACAACAACACUUGAUCCAGAAUGGCAGCAGGCUGCCUGGAGCUCCUCCCAAGUUGACACACUGGCUACAGAAUUUUAUCAGAGCCGUGGACAAUAGAAAAUAUCUUCUUUCUGCUAUUAACCCCGCUGUCCAAGCUCUCAAAGACCUCAUCGAAAGCAAAGCCGACCUCCGUAUGUUGGCUUCUGCCAUGUUCGACGAAGUCCCGAACAAGAACCCUUACCAGAAUUCAAUUGAACCAAAUCACGUUCGAGGCUAUCAGCACAUGCUUGAGCUAUUUAAUGUUAUCGUCGCGGAGAUUGCACCAACAUGGGGCAUGGCUGAAGACGGCCUGGGACUUAUUGGACUCCCAUUCCAAGCCAUUUUGGACUGGCCCAUGGGCACACCAAGUGGGCAUGCAUUCUUUUUGAGAGAAGAUGUAAACAAGAUAUUCAAAGUCAUACUAGACACCUGGAGAGACCGGGUUCUAAAGACAAGCACGUCCAAAUGCGUCGUCACAACCGACGAUGGCGGCUGGUUGUGCAAGGACUCACUGGCAGCUUUUGAGAAAGACGCCAAUCUGGAUAUCCACCGAUGGUACAGAUUUCAAGACCUAUUUGAAUGUGAUCCUGAAGCGGAUCCGGUGCACUGGGGGUUUCAAUCAUGGGACGAUUUUUUCGUUAGGCAGUUUAAGGAUAUUGAUCAUCUACGCCCUACUGCCUAUCCAGAUAGACCGGAGUGGGUAGUGAAUGCGUUCGAGUCUCAGCCAAUCAUAAUUAAGUCGAAUAUCAAAGAAUAUGACAGAUUCUGGGUCAAGGGUCAGAAUUACUCUGUCGCUGAGAUGCUGGAUCAUCACGAAUUCACGGACGAAUUCGUCGGCGGCACGGUGUAUCAAUCUCUACUAAGGGUAACAUCAUACCAUCGCUGGACUUCUCCAGUGUCGGGCCAUGUUGUUUAUGCCAAAGUUAUCCCUGGAACUUAUUUUUCAGAGCGCCAAACCAAUGGGCUUUUCAGCGACCCAGUUGGUCCACCUGAAUAUAAUCAAGUCUACUUGAGUCAAGUGGCUACGCGUGCUCUGAUCUUUAUCAGAGCACCAGACCCGGUAGGUUUAAUCUGUGUUCUUGCUAUUGGGAUCGCAGAUGUAUCAACUUGUGAAAUUGCCAGCAAGUUUGCCACAGGCUGGCCACAGUCUGUAAGAAAAGGUGAGGAGAUUGGAAUGUUCCAUUACGGAGGCUCCAGCAGUUGCCUUCUUUUCCGAAAGGGAGUGAGUCUUGCUUGGGUCGAUGGGGCGAUUCCUGGUAAUCGGGAGGGCAAUCUUCCGGUUCGCAGUGCGUUGGCUCUCGCUUAUGCAACAGAACAAUAA